GGCAACGCAUUUAUCUCUCCCUCCUCUCCUUCGUCAAAUUCCUUCAAUUUUGUACUGCAAACUCUUGUUCGGAAGUUGCUUCUGCAUUAGACCAUCGCCGGUGACAGUUACCGGCGAGAUUGUGUCCUUUUCCGAUCUUCAUAUCCAUUUAUUUUCCAAGUGUUUAGAUUGGUCUAACAUCAUACGGAUUUAUGCGAUGGAAGACGUGGAAGCUCCCUCGGUUUGUGCAGAUUCAUUCUCUUUUCACAGAUCUACAACAUAUAAGAUCCCAUGGCUAUGAUCUUUACCUUCAUUGUUGGAAUCGGUGGUCUCGGAAUUAUAGACUAAUCCUAUCUGACAUUGAUCAAAUCAAAUGGCUUCCAGUUCGAGUUAUCGAAGCUAUUGAAUUGGUUAAGACUUACGAUGAUUAUAUCAUCUUGGUGGACAUUUAUUCUUCACCUCCAAAAUUCUGGAAAUCUGAACCUGAACCUAGUUGUUCAGCUAUCAAGAUACUUUCAAAAACCUUCUCUUCAGAAUGGGACGAUAAGUUAUCACUUCAUUGUCCUAAUUGGCAAUACAUCUCCGGUCAAUCCAUUGAAGAUUUAAAGAUAUGGUAUUACCAUGUUCACUAUUCAGACUUUUUUUGGAACUCUGAAAUAUUAGCAUCUGAAGACUACUCACUUUUGGGAGAGACUCCUACGAUUAAAAUCUAUGUACCAUCUGCAAUUGCUGCCUAUUCUUUUCUCAAGUUUUAUAAGAUGAAGCUGAUGCAAAAGACAAGUGGAGAAUCUUUUUCAAGGACAAAACUCUCAAAAGAUUAGCAGACAAAGCGCUUUAGACAAAUCAUGAUAGGAAUACACCUGUUCGUUUACAGUUGUAUUUGACAAAUGUGGAAGACGAAGACAAAUAAAAAAGCAUCUUGCUUUUGCUUUUCUAAAAGAGUUUGAAAAUUGUGGCAUAUGUCUCAAUCAUGCCCCAACUUUUCACUGUUUAUAUGUUGAAUUUGUAUCCGGUAGAAGCCAUCGGUAGCCGGUUGCUUUCUCUUUUCCUUCCUAUAAAUAAGUUUCUCUUGUAAGUUUUUCAAACACACCUGAUAUACCUUACAUAUUGAAACA